ACCCCGGCAGGAAACAGGAAAUGUAAAUGUUCGGGUGAAGCAGGGAGCCAGCCCAAGCACCCCUCGGGUGGGAGCGCCGCCAAGGCAACAUGCGAAAGCAAAACCUCAUCGUGCUGCUUUCUGCCUUGUCGCUGGCCGGAGGAUCUGCUGGGAACAGUGCUGAAAAUGGUGGUUCAGGAGAUGGAUUGCUGAUAUUACCCACCGUUACAGUAGCGCCUCCUCCUGCUACUCAUUCUUCGACCAUGGAUGACCAUGAGCCAGUACUUGUCACUGCAAGUGCUACUGAAAGCAGCUUUGAAACAAAAAGUAUUCCAAGUACUGAAUUGAAUGCUGUGAACAAUCAGGACAGCCUAGAAGCAGCAGAACAGUCUAUCUUGAUAUACGUUAUCCCCGUCGCACUGCUUAUCCUGCUGAUUUUGCCGAUCAUAUUUUUCAUAAUACAUCAUAAAAGGAAAAAGUCUAAGCAAGAUGAGCUGGGAAGUGAAAAUGUGAAAAGUCCUAUUUUUGAAGAAGACACGCCCUCUGUUAUGGAGAUAGAAAUGGAAGAGCUUGAUAAAUGGAUGAACAGCAUGAAUAAAAAUGCUGACUGUGAAUGUUUGCCUACUGUAAGAGAAGAAGAAAAAGAAUCAAUUGCCAACCCAAGUGAUGGUGAAUCAUGAAGUCAGAACAACAAAGAACUGGUUAAAUGGAAGCAGCGCACAAGCAAACAAUCUUCCAGAUAUUGGAUGAACUGGAUUUAAAUGUAAUUAAUCUCAAAAGGCCAGAGAAGCAAAUGCUUUUGUUGUGUCCUGAUACAUAGCGCCUUCAGGAAGGAAACAUCACCAAGGGGAAGAAAAAAAAGAAGCACUAUAGUAAGAUUAGGAGCUGAUAUAAAGUCCCUCUGCAAUGACAUUCACCACAAAUGAAGAGAAGCCUCUUUUUCCCCCCGAAAGUUCUCAAAAUAGUCUGUGUUUCUGUCUGGUUCUUCAGUUGUGCAUCAUGCAGAACUACUUCUGUUCCAAGUUUGGUGGGUUUCUUUAAUUUUUGUGGGUUGGUUGUUAUUUAAAAAAAAUAUUAAUAGCAUCCAUAAUUCUGGACUACCCUGGUUUGGUGGAUGUGAAGCUAAUGCCUAUGCAAUAUUUGUUUUCCUAUUUGCUUUUUGGUAAUGGUGCACUGAUUUGCACAGGGCUUCUGCUGGGGAGGUACCAGACUAGGACUGAUAAACCAGCUCUGAGGAGAGACAGAGCAGAUGAAAAGUCUCUCAGAGGAUUUGACUGAAGUGCCUGCAGCCCAGCGAAGACAUGGUCUUUGUAGCAUGCCUUUUGGUUUUCAAAUUAAAAACAUUAUUUUGAGAUUGCCUUUCAGUUUGUUAUUGCCACAGAUUAGUACCCUGGGCUAGCUCUCACCAUUUAACAUUCCUCUCUGCCCAGUGCUGUUCUCUAACCACCAUCUAUUUUAGGAAUAUUAAACUUGAAAACAUUUCUUAUUUAAAAAAAAGGGAUUGAGAAAUUGAACAAUUCAGUACUCACACCAGACACAGUUUAGAUGAGUACGUGUUACAUGUAACUACUCGGUCAAGGUUUGCAGAUGCAGUAAGAUUUCUGCUGCUUCUCUUUUUUGAAUAUUGAGCUUGGAAUAUCUGAAAGACAUUGACUUAUAAAUGUGCCUGGUCACCAUUAAUUACAGUGAAAAAAUAAGGCUCCUGAAAUACCUUAAGGUAGGACUAUAGAUGCUAUAAAUCACAUCCAUUCAUUUUAGGUGGAAUGUUUCUUAUGGAUGUCAUUUAAAUAUGUAACACACAUAUGAAAGUGGAUUCUUACCCGGUUCAAAGCUUCGCCGGCCUUAUUUAAAAUACUAAAUUCACAUCCUACCAUAUCUUACAUUCUACCCUAUCGUAUCCUACCUAUCCUCACCUUCUAUUUAAAUAUAAUUUCUUUCCACUUAAUACAUGUUUAAUAUGAUCAGUUUUGUUUUGCCUGCAAAUAUUUCACUAGUGCCUUGUCAUGCAUAGCUUGGUUAAAGAGAGCAAACACCCCAAGCCUCUGGGAUGACAGCUAAGUGUCCCUAACAGCUGACAAAUAUAGAGUAGGGUUCAGCUUUGUGAGUAACUGAGAAUGUGCCAAAAUGUAAAAGGAUAAAAGUGUUUACAGCUAAUAUUCAUUCAUUACUGAAUAUGACUUGACUUGUAAUUUCCCGAAAAAGAUUUCUUCAUCCUUCCAAAACAAUUUAUUGCAAAGAGUGGAUUUAAUACACGAGUGACGGCAAGUCAAUUUUCCCUGUGUGGAUGAUAUUUAACUCUGAAAAAAAUGG